UUCGGCCGGAACCGCCAUCUUCCAGUAAUUCGCCAAAAUGACCAACACAAAGGGAAAGAGGAGGGGUACCCGCUACAUGUUCUCUAGGCCUUUUAGAAAACAUGGAGUUGUUCCUUUGGCCACAUACAUGCGAAUCUACAAGAAAGGUGAUAUUGUAGAUAUCAAGGGAAUGGGCACUGUUCAAAAAGGAAUGCCCCACAAAUGUUACCAUGGCAAAACUGGGAGAGUCUACAAUGUUACCCAGCAUGCUGUUGGCAUCAUUGUAAACAAACAAGUUAAGGGCAAGAUUCUUGCCAAGAGAAUUAAUGUGCGUAUCGAGCAUAUUAAGCACUCUAAGAGCCGAGAUAGCUUCCUGAAACGGGUGAAGGAAAAUGAUCAGAAAAAGAAGGAAGCCAAAGAGAAAGGUACUUGGGUUCAGCUGAAGCGCCAGCCUGCUCCACCCAGAGAAGCACACUUCGUGAGAACCAAUGGAAAGGAGCCUGAACUGUUGGAGCCCAUUCCCUAUGAAUUCAUGGCAUGAUGGGUGUAAAGAAAAUAAAAGACCUGGACUGUGAAAAAAAAAAAAAAA